AGAACGUCAAAAUUCAUGGCGUAGAAAGUGUGUAGUGUUUUUUUCUUGUGGAAAAAUGGAUAAAAAACUGGUGUUUUUAGCACAAAUCCUCAGUCUUGGAUGCGUCCUGGCAUUCCCUGACCAGGGAAAAUGGGAUUUUAUCAUGAAACCUGAAGCAAGGCUGAAUACGAUAUCCAAGUCUCUGUUCUCUGGGUCCAAGAUCUACGUGCAGAUAACUUGUGAUUCCAAGUAUCAGGACACGAAGAUCACGGUCUCCUGGAUGCUGAGGCAGUCGAUGUGCUUCGAUGGGCAGACGCACUACUACAAGAACUCAGCACCACAGAAGAAUGACACAGAGCCCACGAUCUCUGAUAGUCUGACUGCCCUCUGUAAGCACGGAGGUCAUAUCAUGCUCAAUGAGUACAAGUUUGCUAAUGUCCCAGCUCCGGCUGAAGCUAAAUUGGAUACGGCAAAGAAAAAAGAUGAAGACACAGUUUCGGGACCUAAUCCCAUUUUUACAAUCACCAAGGAUGGGGUGUAUUUCUUUACUUUGCGCAUUGAUAGCCAGCAGGACUUCAAUGCAUCAGUUCAUGUGGAGAUCCGUAGUCCGCAUGGCUACCUAUCGGCCUUCGAUUGGCCCCUGUUGCCCUUCUACGGGGUCAUGUGCGGGAUCUACGUUCUAUUUGGAGUGAUUUGGCUCACAGUGUCAUUCCUGCAGUGGCGAGAUCUGCUGAGAAUUCAGUUCUGGAUUGGGGGUGUUAUUUUUCUGGGAAUGCUGGAGAAAGCCAUGUUCUAUGCCCACUACCAGACAAUUAAUUCAACUGGAGUGUCCAUCAAGAGUGUCCUGCUGCUGGCAGAGUGGGUGUCAUGUGCCAAGAGAACUCUGGCCAGAAUGCUAGUGAUUAUUGUUUCGUUGGGUUUUGGAAUUGUCAAGCCACGGCUGGGUCCAAUGUUGCACAGAGUUGUAGGUACUGGAGCUCUCUACUUCAUCCUGGCGUGCGUAGAAAGUUACCUCAGGGUGGUUCAGACAACAAAUGAUCGUGGAAAUCAGAUCCUCGUUGCCAGUAUUCCACUAGCUGUCCUGGACUCUGCCAUGUGUUGGUGGAUCUUCACAUCGCUCGUUCAGACCACAAGAACUCUCAGACUGAGAAGAAAUAUGGUGAAAUUGUCCCUCUAUCGGCAUUUUACCAACACUCUCAUCUUCGCUGUAGUUGCCUCUGUGAUUUUUAUGCUGUACUCGAUAAAAGUGCACAAAAUCGCAGCUUGCUCAGAUUGGAAGGAUUUGUGGAUUGAUGAUGCCUUCUGGCACAUUCUCUUCUCAUCCCUUCUUCUAGUCAUUAUGAUUCUGUGGAGGCCAACAAAUAACAAUCAGCGAUAUGCUUUUACGCCGCUUCUAGACAAUCCAGAAGAUGAAGAUGAAGAUGAAGAGGAGCAAUUUGUGUCUGAUGCUUAUGGUGUGAAAAUGCGAGGCACUCAUAGUAUUUCACCACGACCAUCGAGAAGUGCAACAAAUGAUGAGGAUGAUUUGAAGUGGGUGGAGGAGAAUAUCCCAGCAGCAAUUGCUGAUGCAGCUCUUCCCGUUCUUGAUUCUGAUGAGGAAAUGGUCAAUACGAAAUUCGAAGUGUCGAAAAUGCAGUGAAUGCCUCACGAAUAGCACAACUUUUUAUCUUUUAGUCAUUAUAUUAGGAGAAGAAAAAAGGAGAAAUAAUGAAUUUGUAUUGACAACAAGGAGUCUACUAUUAAUUAAUUUAUAUAUAUAGUAAUCGUAUAUAAUGUAUUAUUAAAAAAAAGAGGAGAAAUUUGAGUGUGAAAGAGAAUGUCAGUGACAGAGAUUGAUGAUUGAAUGCAUAUUAAAUAAAAUAUGAGUUUAAGUGCCGUUUUUAUCAUUAAAUUAAAUUUACGUGACUGUAUAAUGGUUUCUAAAAUAAAAGUUGUAUCUUUUCGCAAAUUGAAAUUUAUCCCAGUAAAUAAAUUUAUUUUUUUUAAAUUAUAUAAAUUCGAUAAAUCUCCAAUAAAAUAAAAAAAGAAUUGUGUUGUUUGCACAAAAUAAAAUCAUCAUACAUCAAAAGAAAUGUUUACAUAAAAAUUAAUCAAAAUAAUGAUACACAAAAAUAAUUAAAUUCAAUGAAAUUCACUUUGGCGCUUUGUUUUAUAGUUGAGUGUCUGAGUUUUCUCACCGGGUGGAUUCAGUACUUAUGAGAAUUGUCAUACGAUAACUGUUGGAAAAUUUAAUUUAAAAUUCAAGGAGAGAGCAACAAUUUAACAAUUGAUUUAUUGGUUCUGUUCAGUAAUAACUUUUCGAAGAGACAAAGCCACUCGUAGUCCAAAGCCAAAGCCAAACCUAUUCGAAAAUCUACCGGAAGCCUAAAGUGCAAGUUCACGUACUCGCCGCUUUAGCGCUGAUUGUUCUGCCAUUUCGAAUUUCGAUACUCUUGACACUUCAAUAGUCAACAAAGACAGCGAUUCCACUGGAUUUCCAGCAGCCUUUUCUGCCAUGUCCGCUGAUUUUACCGCUAAAAAUCCGCGUGGAAUUCCCUGGAUUUCACCGCUCAAAAUCCGCGUAAGAUUCCGAGAUGGAAUUUGACGCUAAAUUUCUUCCUAGCAUUCCAUGGACGUUUGCGGAACUCUGUAUAGGACCGUCUAAUAAGAAAUGUCCACGAGUUUCCAUGGACUUUUCUCUGACGAAUAUUUCCACCGCUUUUCCUAUGGAUUAUUAGCGUAUAAUCGGCAGUCAGCUCUUUAAAAAUUUGGAAAAAUCCUCUUUAUUUCCACGAAAUUCUCCGUGGAAAUUUCCAUGCAACGCCCUUAGAGGCUUCCGUGGUUUAAUAUUACGGAAUUCCACGACUUUUCCAGUGGAUUUUUUCAAUAUAUUUUUCUUCAAAAUAAUUCCAAAAAUCUAUUAAAAAUUUCGUGGAACUUUCAUAGAGAAUUUCCAGAAAAAAAGAUCCACAAAUAUGGACGAUCAGUGCCAAUUGGCAGCUUAGAACUUGGAGAGUGUUCAUCUAUCAGACGAACACUCAAUUGUUCUACUUUUGAAUUGAAAAUUGCUACCAUAUCGUUCAUUUGAGUAUGUCUAGCUCGCAAGAAUUAUAGCGUUAGGGCGAAAAAUAAUUGCAGAAUUUUCGCAUUUACUUCCAUGGAGUCUUAGCAGGAAAGAUAUCAGAAAAUAUACUCGGAAUAAUCAAAGGAAAUUUAGAAUCAAUUUCCAGGGAAUGCUCUCAGAUAUGUUGGAAGAAAAUUCCUCGGACUUUUUUUCCAGGAUAUCCACGCGAAAAAAAGCUGAUAACUCCGCAGAAUUCCAAGCGGAAUAUUAGCGUUUAUUUCCACGGAGACUCUCGCGAAAAAUAGAAGAUAAAUUCCAGGGAAUUCUCUGUUACUGCGAAACUUUGCGGCCGAUCGGCUACAGGGGUCUCGGUAGCUCAAUGGGCAAAGUGUUGGCUUUGUGACACAGAGGCCCUCGGUUCGAUCCUUGAUCGAAGCGCGUCCGGUGAAUAAUUGGAAAACAGUUUUUCACCGUCCUUAAAAAGGGACUGCCUGUUGCAUUACCCCGACCCUCAUUUUGAUCCUUAUCUAAUUACGUGUGAAAAUUGUCUAAAUCAGACAUUUAGAUCUGUGCACCGCGCUGAACUCGAACUCAGAACUGUGAGUGAAGCCGGGGAUCUAUCUGCCCGGAGCUGACGGUUUUACCUGUUGCGCCAUAAAAAUUCUCUCGAAGGCCAAUAACGAUUGCUCUUUAGUUUGAAUCAUUAGUACUACUGUCAAACCAGUAGUAACAAAGGGGCAAGGUGUAACUGAUGUUUCAAGUGUAUAAAAUGAUGACAGCAUAGAUCGGAGCAUUAAUCCUAUUCCUCUCUGUAGUCCGCUCAUUGGGCCCUAUUUUCACUUAUUCAGAAGUUACCAGUUGGCCUUACUUACUUACUUAUCCAGCGCUACAACCAAUUACUGGUCUUGGCCUGACUCAGGACCCGUCGCCACUCGAACCUGUUACGUGCCACUGUUCUCCAAUUCCGCACCCCUAAUGAGCUGGCGUCCUGGUCCACGCCGUUGGUCCAUUUGAGGCUGGGUCGGCUUCGUCUCCUCGUAGCAUAAAGUCCGCCCCUAAAGACUUUCCAGGCUGGGUCGUCCUCAUCCUUGCGAACCAGAUGACCAGCCCACAGGAGCCUAUUGAGGCGUAUUUGAUUGACGACAGUUACCUCUCGGUAGCGCUUAUACACCUCAUGGUUGUAUAGGCUCCAGAAUCGUCCCUCCUCACAUAUGGGGCCAAAAAUUCGUCGUAGGAUCCUCCUUUCAAACGCGACUAAGAGUUCGCAAUUCUGUUUGCUGAGGACCCACGUCUCAGACGAAUACGUGAGGACCUGCAGGAUCAUAGUCCUAUACAGCAGUAGCUUAUUCUUUAUGCUUAAGGUUCUGGACCGGAAAACUCUUGAUAGACUGAAAUAGUCUCUGUUGGCUUUCAGCAGCCGUGCGCGGACUUCUGUUGAGAUGUUGUUGUCGGCUGUGAUUGUUGACCAAAGGUUCACGAUGCAGUUGACAACUUCAGAGUUGUAGUCCCCCAUCGGGAGCCCUGUUUGACCGAUGCUCUCCGUAGAUGUUGCCGGAGUUGCUGCUGACGAGGCCACCAUGUACUUCGUUUUGCCUUCAUUUAUCUAGCCCCAGGUUUCGUGCCGCAUGUUCAAUCUGGAUGAAGGCCUCUUGUACAGCUCUGGGAUUGCGUCCCAUAAUAUCAAUAUCGUCAGCAUAGGCUAGGAGCUGCGUGGAUUUAUUGAAUAUGACCCCAGGGCCUCGAGUGGAUCAGUGGAUAGAGUAGUAGCUCUAUGACUGCGAGGUCUGGGGUUCAAAGCUGAGCAGCAGCAGAAAAAGAUUUCUCAUGCCAUAUCGGCUUUGAAUUCGUCCAGCGAAUGAAUGAAUAGUAAUGUCAAUGGUGCAUAUUGGCAAAAAAGUGAACCGCCUAAACAAUAGAGGCUGGUACGAGAACGAGUUUCGGCUUGAAAGUGGUACUUCAGUCGAUACAAAUAUUCGCUGUCACUGAUCCCAAACACACACCGAGAAGGGAUGCUGUGACAUAGUAACGGCACUGACUGCUCACAGAGCUGUGAUAUAGAGCGGCUACCCGUAUCGGGGGAUAAGAUAGUAUAGGAGUGGGGAAGCAUAAGGGGCCCAAUUGGUGGCCUGGAUGCAUCGGAAUAUCCGAAAUGGAGAACUGACCCCUGGCAAAAUCUUAUCUGAGUAUGACCCCCCUCAUGCUCACGCCGGAGUCACGGAUCGCUUUAUCCAGUGCCAAGUUAAAGAGGACGCACGAUAGUCCGUCCCACUGUCUGAGUCCGUUGUUCACGCAAAACUCUCGUGACAGUGAUCCGUUUGCCUUUACUUUGCUCCUCACAUCGGUCAUGGUUAUCCUAGCCAGUCUAAUCAGUUUGUUCGGGAUGCCGAAUUCUCCCAUGGCUUCGUAGAGUUUUACCCUGACUAUGCCAUCGUAGGCUGCUUUGAAAUCGAUGAAGAGAUGGUGAAGUGCUUGGCCAUGCUCUCUCAUCUUCUCCAUAGACAGCCGAAGGAAAAAGAUCUGGUCUGUUGUUGAUUUGCCUGUAGUGAAACCACAUUGGUAUGGUCCAAUAAUGGUCUGAGCGAAUGGGGCUAUUUGACCAAGCAGAAUAGAGGAGAAUAUCUUAUAGGCGGUACUCAACAACGUAAUACCCCUAGAGUGGCAGUUGACCUUAGGUACUUCAAGUUUUUUUUUUACGAUUUUAAAGCUCCAAAUGUCAUUCACGAGUUUCUGUUGAUAGCAACAACGGUCUCAGCCUUAAAAGUAAUAGGGGUUUGUAUACACACGACAGCAAGCUAGGAGUUCACUUUGUAAUUUUUGUAGUAUAUCCAUUCUGUCUUCUUCAUUAUUACGACAAUUGUGGUCACGUUUUAGUUUAUGGGCUUUAUCUUUAACAGCUCUACUCCUCAUCUUCACCAUUUGCAUGGAUGUAGUAAUCUCCGCACAGGCUGUAAAGCCCAAAAUAGACACAGGGAUCAGCUUAGGGAUCAGCCUAAAAAUGAGGAUUGGUGUCGAUAUACUCAGGGAUCAGCCCAAAAUUUGGAGGAUCAGGCUGAUCUUCUAAAUUCGUGAGGUCUAGUUACGGGGAUUAGGCGACAUCAGCGCCAGUGCUGAAAAUAAAAAGCUUCACUUUGGGGUUUUUUGGGUGCUUUUCGAAAUGUCAAUUGGAUGAAAAAGCAUGGAGAGUAAUGGUACGCAAUGUCUCAAAAUCUUAAAAUGCAUUAAGAUUGGAGUAAUGGGAAGGCCAGAGUACAUCUUUCUGUGCGAAAAAUCCAUUGAUAUUGUACUUAAGAAGUCUUUCAGCACUCAAAGUGUGGAGAUUUAAUAGAAAUUUACGCUGAAAAUGCUAAUACUUGAUCCUAAAUCCUCAGUGUAUGAUAGUUUGGGCUGAUCCUUUACCGCCAAAUUUUCAAGCUGAGUAUUCUCGAGGAUCAGCCUGUGUCUAUUUUCGGCAUAAGCCUACUACUAUCGGCGAUUAGGAUUAUCUUCUUCCACAAUACCCCU